AUGUCUUACGCCCUGGAGACGAAAAAGCGCAAGUUCACCCGGGUCCUUGAGUCAAUAUCCAAACCCCUGGCCAGUGGUGAUGGCGGAGCAAAACCCCCCACGGAUCCGCUGAUGGCUGCCCGAGAGCGUUUAGCUGAGCCGCCUUCGAUCAAGAAAGUCCGCGUUGGGGAGGGCGUUCUCGACAAAGUAUCGACCAAGACAACGGUCUCCCGGAUCCUCAGGACUACCUCGAGCUCCGCAAAUCUUCGCCCCAAUUUCGUUCCUUGGGACCGCGAACGUUUUCUAGAGCGGCUGGAGACUUUCCGGCCUGUGACCCGAUGGUUGUCGCAACCGUCUCCGAUAAAUGAGGUCGAAUGGGCGAAGCGUGGAUGGUCGUGCACCGACUAUAUGCGUGUGGCAUGUGUUGGUGGAUGUGGCGCGUCGUUGGUGGUGAAACUCCCGGAAGAAGUGGAUGACUUUGAAGAUCUGGAUAGCGACAAGGUUCAGGAAAGGAAAGAAGUUCGACAGAAAGUGGUUGAGGAAUAUCGAAAGCUGCUAUCCGAUGGUCAUAAGGAGAACUGUCUGUGGAGGAGCAAGGCAUGUGACGGUGCGUAUGUUCCUUUCUACUACUCGGCUGGGCUGGGAAAUGUAACAUUUGAAUUGGCAGCAACCAUCCAUCGUUUACAAGUGACAAACCCCGAUAAUGCCAUCAAUGCGUUGCGUGACCGAUAUUUGAAAAUCUCGAAGCUUCAAGACCAGUUGCCGGCUCGGGAGACAAUCGAGUUACCUGAACAGCUAUCUUUGAAAGAGAUGAUAGACAUACUGCCCCCCGGUUUCCCAGGAGACUCGCCCAACAACAGCCUAAAUGACGACACCUCUCAGCAAAGUGAUGGCAAAGAAAAUACAAUUGACGAAAGGUCGUUUGCCUUUGCUUUCUUUGGCUGGGACGUCGUUAAGGAUGGCUCUAGCGGAUUGCUCGAAUGCCGUGCUUGCUUUAGACGCCUAGGCUUAUGGUUAUACAAAUCGAAGGAAGAGGGAAAAGAGGCCGUUUACGAAAAGCUACCGGUUCAUAGUGAACAUAUGGAUUAUUGUCCCUGGAUCAAUGGACCGGCACAGAGCGGUACUGGCCGUGCGACUGACAGACCUGAAAGCCUUUCCAGCGGCUGGCAAGUUCUAGCUCAAGGUCUACGGACGAAACAUCGCCGACGAGUGAAAACAUCCGCAUCAGCGACCCCCACUGAAAGCGUUCCUACAGAAGCCGACACACUGUCCUUGGAUUCAACAGCGACAGACGAAGCUUCUCAACGAGCCAAAGACAGGGAAUGGUGGUCGAAGCUUCGCCGGGUGCGAGAAGCUUUGCAUGUCAAGGGUCCGAAGAAGGCCUCGUCGCAGAGCAAAUGA